AUGCCUAAGAAUGCCUUGGUGGUCCUGCGCUAUGGGCCAUAUAGCUCAGUCGGCCUGCCGGUGGAGCACCGCACUUACCGCCUGGAGGGCCUGCUAGCUGUGUUGGCUGAAGAUGGACACCAGGUCAUCGUAGAGAAGAUAGAAGACUGGAAUGUGGUGGAGCUCAUGGUGAAUGGAGAAAUUAUCUUUCACUGCAACAUCAAAGACUUGGAGUUUGGAGGUGAUGGUAAACUAGACCCACUGUGCAAAGAGGCCAGAAUAGCUGUAUUAAACGCCUACUGA